AUGACACGAACUGAAGAUAGACGCUGGCUACGUAAAGCCAUUCGUUGUGCCCUAAACUAUACAGGCCAAACAGCCCCAAACCCCAUUGUUGGUUGUGCAGUUGUUAAACAAGACAAGCUUUUAGGAUUAGGUGCUCAUCAAGGGGCUGGCACCCCCCAUGCAGAGGUUCAUGCGUUACAAGCGGCUGGUAGCCAAACACGAGGUGCAACUGCUUAUGUUACCUUAGAGCCUUGUAACCACUAUGGAAAAACACCACCUUGUACAGAAACUCUUAUUAACGCUGGGAUUCAACGUGUCGUUAUUGGUACGUUAGAUCCAAAUCCGCAAGUUCAUGGCCAAGGCGUAAAACGUUUACGAUCUGCAGGUAUUCAGGUUGAUGUCGGUGUUUUAGAAAAAGCUUGUCAAGAUUUAAUUCGUGAUUUUAACGUUUGGCUAACCUCAAAACGUCCUUUUGUCAUCUAUAAAGCAGCAACAACGUGGGAUGGUGCAACAGCCAGUGCUCAGAUGGGUAAAGAAGCUAUUAGCGGACCUGCGAGUCAAAAACGUGUUCAUAAAUUGCGGACAACCGUUGAUGCUGUUCUUAUUGGCGCAAAUACAUUUAAAAGAGAUAACCCUGAUCUACGUCCAAGGCUUGUACGCCAUAAGAAAAAAAUGCUACGGCGUGUUGUUGUAACGUCCGAAUUACCUAAAGCUUCAGGAAAUUUAUGUAGUCAAGAACCAGAAUCUGUACUUUGGCUUUGCGGCAAAACGUCGAUAGAGCAUCGUCAUAGUUGGGAGCAGGUCGGUUCAACUGUUAUAUGCUUUGAGCAAUUACCAACACCCCAACUUGUUGUCUCAACAUUAUUUGACUUAGGUGUUUAUCGUUUACUUCUUGAAGGUGGAUCUACCCUUGCCAAGUCUUUUUUGGAGGCACGACUCAUUGACUGGCUUAUCUGCAUUCAUGGGCCAAAACUAGCUGGAGGCAAUCCAGGGGUACCUUUAUUUUCUGGGGCACCACAGGCGCCGCUCACAAGAGCUAUUACUUACCAAUUAAGUCGUACUUACCGUAUUGGUAAUGACCUCUGGGCUGAGGGUUUGAUCGAUUAUUAA